GUGAAGCGUUGUCCUGAAAAAUAGGAAAGCAGUAAUAAGCGCUUCUACUGAUUGGCAUAGCUUUGGCCCUUAUCGCCCCGAAGCCGACUCGUUGAACCAUGCUAUCCUUGCACCAAGGCGACGUCGCAAAUGUCCGGCAAUCAUCUCGAGGCAUUCCUUACGCCUUCCCGAUCCGCUUCUGCAGAAACCUCCAUAGACGCGCAACAGCACGAAGCGCCCCUGAAAAGUCCUCCCUCAGGGUCGCCGACACAGCCACAGAGAAUAGCAGUACAGAUGUAAACGCUGGUGAUACGGCAAAGCCGACACUACCUCAGCAAGCCCCGGUCGCGGCUAGGGCAACAUCUGGGGCUGGUACGGAGGUCACAACUGCAGCUGCACGCAAACAGCAGCAGCAGCGGUCAGUUCGUAGAGCCGAGUCCACGGACGCGGUUGCAACCUUCCUGACGCGGCGAUUCGGAAUUGCGGGCGGUCUAGCAUGGCUGGGUUUCUUGGCAGUGGGAACGCUAGGGGAGCAGAUUAAGACGCGCAUGGAGGUGGCGAAUGAAGUUAACGGCACCAAGGAGGUCCAGGAUGCACCGGAGGUGGUACUCCCAAGCGGGGUUCGAUACCGGGAUCUGCGGGUGGGCGGCGGCCAGAGCCCCCUCAAGGGCUACCUGGUAGUGCUCGACUACACUGCCACCACGGACGGAGUACAGUUUGAGUCCACACGUGCACGCGGCAAGCCUAUCGUCUACUUGUACGGCAGCCGCCCCUUCACAGGCGGCAUGUGUGCGGGACUGGAGCAAGCGCUUGCAACCAUGCGCGCUGGCGGGCGCCGAAUCGUCACGGUACCUGCAGAUCUGGGUUUCGGAGAACGGGGUGCCGUACUUCGCCCCACGGAGCAUGUACCGGAUAAGAAGGGAUUGGUGCCGCCGGGGGCAACAUUGGUGUAUGAUGUGGAGUUGGUACGUGUGUCUAUUCCGCCGUCGUGACAUCAGUAAGUAGCUUGUAUAGUAUUAAGACGGUUACUGUCAGUAGCGGAGCGGGGGCUUGAUGUCAGAGCAGGAUGAGCGGUGCAUUGCUUGUUUAGGGGACGCAGUUAAGCAAGGUGAGGCGUAGGCCGGAGAAGGCGAAUGAAGAGAUGAACGGGAGGUGCCUUACAGCAGAGCCGCAUGAAUGAUGGACGUAGCUAGGGCGAACCCUCAGCAGCACAGUUUCUUAAAGUGAUGGUUGAUAACUUUGGAGAACUUGGUACCCCCUGGAAGGGUUUUCAAAAGUUCAUGAGAGGCGAGCAAGCUCUGGCAACAUGUCGCUGGGUUUGUGCCAAUUGCGUGGCCUUUACAGUGAUGACAACAGUACUGGUGACAAUACUGUACAGGCCACACAACAUAAUACGCCAAACUGGAGGCGACCAGCUUAAUCAACUACAGGCUGAUGGCAUUCAAGGCCUGGGGGCGAAUGGUGUUGAGAUUUGGUGCUUAGCGCCUGUUGGUCCAGUAGACUACUUGCCGUAUACCGUAGAUGUAAGGGUGCAACACCCUAGGCGGCGGAAACCCACUGACGGAGUUAAUUGCGAC